CCUUGGUAUUUCUGGCUGAGCAGUUUGAGUUUCUUCAGCCUCAUCUUGAUACAGUGAUGCCAGCUGCCAAGAAGCCUUUUCUUCAGCAGUUCUAUUCUCAGACCGUGUCAACUGCCAGCGAACUACGUAAACCAGUUUAUUGGAUUGUUGCUGCUAAAGCCAUCGAUUAUGAACAGAUGCUGCUUCUCAUGGCUAAUGUGAAAUGGGAUGUGAGGGAAAUCAUGUCACAGCACAAUAUAUAUGUAGAUGCUCUUUUAAAGGAAUUUGAGGAAUUUAACAGAAGGUUGAAUGAGGUGUCUAAGAGAGUCCGUAUUCCCUUGCCAGUCUCCAACAUCCUUUGGGAGCACUGCAUACGCUUGGCCAACAGAACUCUCGUGGAAGGUUAUGCCAAUGUAAAGAAGUGCAGCAAUGAAGGACGUGCCUUGAUGCAACUGGACUUUCAACAAUUCUUAAUGAAACUGGAAAAGUUAACAGACAUUAGACCUAUUCCCGAUAAAGAAUUUGUGGAGACCUACAUUAAAGCAUACUACCUAACAGAAAAUGACAUGGAACACUGGAUAAAAGAACAUAGGGAAUAUUCCACUAAGCAGUUGACAAAUCUGGUGAAUGUUUGUCUGGGCUCCCACAUCAACAAAAAGGCAAGACAGAAGCUGCUAGCUGCUAUUGAUGACAUAGACAGGCCUAAAAGAUAACUGGAGAAAGAUACUUUCCUUGUGACCUAUACCUUUGUCUGUUGACGUGAAGCAUGCAGGAAAAUCUCUCAUGGACUAAUGACAGCGUUCUUUUAAAAACCAUUGUGCAUGACCUUUCUUACCAGCACUGAAGGCACUGUAAAGUGGCAUAAUGUUCUAAAAUAUGACUUUUCUCAGCUGUAGAAUUCUUUUCUGUUGUAUUUCUUUUGUUUUUUUUUAACUUGCCCUUAGUAAAGGGCCACUGUUUGUGUAUCAUUGGUGAGCUGUAUAUUUUGCAAAACUGUGUACUGUAAGUAAAAUCAGAGUCAGAGAGGAACACACUGGCUUAAUAUAUAGUUGAUGCUCUUUUUUAAUAAAAGAGCUACUUGAAAAUCUGAUUUCUCUCCUCCCUGGUUUCUCCCUGAGAAAUUGUGCUUUAUUAUGGACCAGUGUAAAAUGAAAGAAAAUGU